CUAUAAUGGAAACUUUCCGUGUUAUAUACAGAAAGUGAUGUCUCGUCUUUUAGUUCUGCUCUUUGGCCUCAUAGAGAACGGCGCGAGAACCGGCAUCCGGCCGGGCAGCCAUGGCCCAUGGGAUUUGGGGAAACGGGAGUACUAGUAUACUUCGUAUCGGGAAUAAAUAAAGAGUUAUAUAAAACGAAAAUGUAACAGGUUAUUUUGGCCCUUACUGUAGCACUGCAUAUAGACUCUUAGGAAAACUGAAUGCAUGUGGUCACCAAAAUGUUCAUAUUGACAUAUAUAUGCAAAUAAAGCGUGCGGUUUCUGGUUUGUCCAGCUACAGCCGGUUUUGAACUGGAACCGAGGACGCUUUGCAUGCAUUUAUGACGUGUGGUGCAACCCUAACUGCAUUCUUUCUACCGAUCGCUCGGGGAAGAAGGACGUUAUCGCUUAAAUUCUUUUUAAAAGCUUUCUGUGUUAACUCUCAAAUUGGUUUCAUUCUUAUUAUGAUCAACGCUUUUAAUGGUUUAUCGGUGGUAGACGUUUAUGGCUACGAUUUUGACGCCUUCUGUGCAGCUGGAAACCGACUAAGGCAAGUCGUAUUCGACGAAGGAAGUUAAGAAAAGCGAACAUUUUAAUGAACAAUUUAUCGUUGUAGUCGUAUUAGAAAAUUUAGAAAAGACAUUACUUUUAUAUUGGGUAGUACUAGAAUGAGAAACGAGAGUUCCUCAAUGAAAUUUAACGCUCUAAAAAUGGCCAGAUCUUCAAAAGAAGGCAAAGCGAAGUCGACGCACGUGAAUGACACGGCAACUGGUCCACUCGGGAUAAUCGAUGAAAUUAAUUUCACCAUUGCGAAAGCCAAACAUAACAAAGCCUAUGUAGAGAAGUUUGCCAGCAUAACCAAUCGCCUUAGUAAAGUUUUGAACGGAGCAGACUCGGCGUUCAUUCGUCAAUCAGAAUUCUAUAGCGAUUUGAAAGAAACACUACAGAAAAUCUGGCAUCAUAUUAACGAAAGGGCAUCUCAGUCGAAGUUGAUCAAGAAAUUGCUGAUGGGUAAGGACCAAAAGAUGUAUCAUGAAAUUGAACGUCAUGUCGAUCAGCUUAUUACAAGAAUCGUCUUUGCUUUCGCUCAAAGGGUACAAGUACACAAAUCUGAAUAGUAAUUAGAUAUAAACUUGAUAAGAAACAGGUCAAAAUAACUGACAGCUGUAUAAAAAUUAACUGUAGUUUACAAUGAACGUUUUAAAUGCAUGUGAAUAUCAAGCCAGAUUCAAAUCCAUAUUAUUUUGCAGUCACAGCUAGAAUUCUGAAGAAAGCAUAUAAAUUAUCCACAUUCCCCACAUAGAAGAAAUGGGAUCCCCCCCCCCCCCCCCUCCAUACAUCCAAAUGUGCUUACACUGAUCAAAUAUCAUCACCCUCUUGCCCAUGGAGAAGAGAGCUCAUAUUGUAGGGAUUGUUUGUACAACUAAUUAUGACAACAUUGAUGCAAGACUGAUUGUGUGCCAUUGUCGUCAUAAAUUGUACUAAGACCAAAACAUGUUUAUCUUUGAUCAUUAAUGAAUGAUAGCAAAUCUGAGAAUUAACUGUGUUUCAGGUACAAUAGGGUAUGGGUUAUAAUCUGGCUUGACUUGGCCUUAUGUUGAAAAGUAUUGUAUAUUGCUGUAUUUCUAGUGGUUAUCAAUGGUGGUUCAAUGAGUAGAGUGACUUCAUAGUAUUAUUUAUUAGCUAGCAAUUUUUAGCCUAAUUUAUCCUUAAUAUGUAGUAGUAGUGUUAUAAAUUUAUGAUUUCAAAUCUAAGCUUUUGCUUUGAUUAACUCGUGGGCAUUUGUUGCGGGAGAAUGUACUGUAGGGGUGUUAAUUAAGAGAUGCGACACUGGAUGCCAAGUUUAUUGACAUCAUUCACAACAAACGCCUGUGGGGUGGUCAAGCCCAUUGGCUUUAACCAUCAUUCAUAUAUGCAUUGGUGAAACGUAGGGGGUGAUUAGAAAUUAUUUUGUAUGACUGUUUAAUUAAAUGUAUGACCAUUAACAUGUGCCAUGACUGGGUUAAAUGAACUAUUCACUUGUCUCUUUUCAAAUGAGGUUAG